CAGUGAAUCAUAGUAAUGUCCAUGGAGGCUGGUAGAGCCGGGCAGCACUGUAAACAACGCAAUAAUCCCCAAAAUAUAUCGUUUUCACUGCCAAGACAUGGAGCAAAGUACGAUGGCUGCUUUCACUGAGUCGGAACAGAAUGUGUUCCGAUAGUUUAUGUACAGAAGCGUUUGGUCGCUGACUGUAGAAGCCUGUUGUAGCUAGUCUAGCAGUAGCCAGAGGGCCCCCAUUGCAGGGGUGUUGGCAGCGGAUAUUCAGCUAACGUUUGCUACCUAGCAUAGCUAUCAACAGAUUUGCUGCUAAAUUUCUGUCGCCCCUCUAUAUAACAUUUCAUAAAGUCUGAGCUAUAAGUUUCCAGACUGCAAGAUGCAAGGGGAAACUGCGGCGAUACGAAUAUCUGACAACGAAGGGAAGCUGGAUGUUUACACCCCAAAUCGGACCCCGAGCUCUGGGAGGGGAAGUUCAAAAAGCUGGCAAUACAGCGACCACAUGGAAAAUAUCGACGGCUAUCUGAUGAAGUACACCAACCUGGUGACGGGAUGGCAGUAUCGGUUCUUUGUCCUGAACAACGAUGCGGGGAUGCUGGAGUACUUUGUGAACGAGCAGUCCCGACCUCAGAAGCCCCGCGGGACGCUGCCCCUGGCCGGGGCGGUCAUCUCCCCCAGCGACGAGGACUCGCACACCUUCACCGUCAACGCCAUCAGCGGGGAGCAGUACAAGCUGAGAGCCACCGAUGCGAAGGAGAGGCAGCACUGGGUGAGCAGACUCCAGAUCUGCACCCAGCACCAUACCGAGGCCAUGGGCAAGAGUAACCCCCCCAUGAAGUCCCGCAGCUUCUCCGUGGCCUCUCAGGGUAGUGGCAGCUCUCCCGUGUCCCAGCGCCGCUCCAGCCAGAACCCCGCCUCCUUCUUCGCCCUAUCGCAGAACAGCGCCAGCUCCUCCCUCUACGCCAGCAAGCGGUCCCUGCUGCCCGAUCACCUGGUGGACGCCCGUGAGAUGAUGUCCCAGGCUCAGGGCCAGCACAGAGACCUGAUCCAGACCAUUGAGGGUCUGCCAGCGGCCCCCGGCCUGUCCCCUCUGGACCAGGACCUCCUGCUGCUGAAGGCCACCUCCAUGGCCACGCUCAGCUGCCUGAACGACUGCUUCCACAUCCUGCAGCUGCAGCAGGUGGCCCGGCAGAAAGGCCCUCUGGGAGGGCCCACCAUCGAGUGGCUGGGGCCCAAACUGCCCGACAUCCUGAAGAACGGCUCCGCCCUGCCCUGCCUCGACGGGGGCGACGGCAAGACGGACGCGGCCAGCCUGGAGCACCUGGAGACGGAGCCCUGCGACUUCGCCAGGGAGCAAGAGGACAUUGACCCGGAGGAUGAGGUGGAGGACACCUUCACGGAUGAAGAGGACGACCUGGGGGCGGUUGAGGAGGAGAGGAGCGUUAUCCUCCACCUCCUCUCUCAGCUCAAGCUGGGCAUGGACCUCACUCGGGUGGUGCUGCCCACCUUCAUCCUGGAGAAGCGCUCGCUGCUGGAGAUGUACGCCGACUUCAUGCUGCACCCGGACCUGCUGGUGGCGGUGAGCGACGGGGCGGGGCCGGAGGAGCGCAUGGUGCGCUUCGUGGAGUACUACCUCACCUCCUUCCACGAGGGCCGCCGCGGCGCCGUGGCCAAGAAGCCCUACAACCCCAUCAUCGGCGAGACCUUCCACUGCUCCUGGAGGGUGCCCCGGUCCCGCCCCCCUCCCGACGACGGGCCCCACCACCCGGACGGCUGCCUGGUGCGCUUCGUGGCCGAGCAGGUCUCCCACCACCCCCCCGUCUCGGGCUUCUACGCCGAGUGCCCCGAGCGGCGCCUGUGCGUCAACACCCACGUGUGGACCAAGAGCAAGUUCAUGGGCAUGUCCAUCGGGGUGUCCAUGGUGGGAGAGGGCUGCCUGUACCUGCUGGAGCACGGUGAAGAGUACACCUUCACCCUUCCGUGUGCCUACGCCCGCUCCAUCCUGACCGUGCCCUGGGUGGAGCUGGGAGGGAAGGUCACAGUCUCCUGCGCCAAGACGGGCUACUCCGCCGCCAUCACCUUCCAGACCAAGCCCUUCUACGGGGGCAAACUGCACAAAGUGACGGCGGAGGUGAAGCACAACAGCACCAACGCGGUGGUGUGCCGCGUGCAGGGCGAGUGGAACGGCACGCUGGAGUUCAGCUACGGCAACGGCGACACGCGGCUGGUGGACGUCACCAAGCUGCCCGUCACCAAGAAGCGCCUGCGGCCCAUCGAGCAGCAGGGCCCCUUCGAGUCCCGGCGUCUGUGGCAGCACGUGACCGAGUCGCUGCGUCAGAAGGACAUGGACAAAGCAACGGAGCACAAGCGCCACCUAGAGGAGAGACAGAGAACCGAGGAGAGGCAUCGGACUGAAAAAGAGACGCCCUGGAGGACCAGAUACUUUGAACAAGAGGGCGACGGUUGGGUAUAUCACAAACCGCUGUGGAAAACUGCUCCAUCAAACCCUUGAAGGCAGUCACGCCGCCUAGGUGCUUCAAAAAGAACUCCUUCUCUGACCGCUUGCGUUCCAGCACGGACCCCCCACCCGGGCGCGUUCGUCUUCUGUCUUUGUUUUUAAAGUUACGACACAGUCUGUCCUCCUCAAUUCGCAGAAAUAUGCCACCAACGUGUGACAUCACGCAAGGAAAUGCUGUCCAGCUUCGAUUUUUUUUUUCCGCAAAAAGGACAACGAAAAUCUGGACACGGUGCAUAUUUUUGUAAGUCUUGAUUGAUACUUUUGUAUAAUCGCAUAUUAAACAGUCUUAAGAUCAAACAUGUAUUCUUGUACAUAUUUAGGUACUCGAGUGACGCUGCCUUAAACCUGACAGGCAGCAGAACACAGUACAGUUUGGGUGAGCGCUGAGCGUCUGGACCACGUGCUGUUCGUGUGAUUAUCAGGGAGUUUGAGCAGACUAUGCCACAGCCGAGAGGGGCGCCUGUGACCCGUUUAUCAGUAAGCAAUUUUUUUGCUUCACGCAUUUUUUUUUUCGCACAGGUAGCCUGUAGAGAUUUUACAGAGGCACAAAAAAAACGGGGCGAAGGCUCACCAUCGUAUGGAAGAGGAGAAGCCAGAUCCAAAUACAAUUAUGAAACAUCCUUGCAUCUGGAAUGACAACGCGCUGCUUCACAUUUUAUAUUCCUGCUGUUCUCACCAAAUUGUAUCCUGGUAACGGUCGUCAGGGGUUGACGGCGGUUUGCUUGUGUCGGCAAAAACGAACGGAGGUUAUGAUGGCGGAAAUGAGUCUUCGGGUAUUUUAUGCACAGGUUUGUGGUGACUGCCCUGGACUAACACUGAGAUUUUCUGUGACAAGCUGAGAUUGUUUGUUUAGUUUUGGUUCGUUUGCAUGACGAUGUCAGAAUAAGCCACUGAAAAAUAUAUACAUUUUGACUUUAAAUGGGCUUAAAGCAGUCCGAUGAAGUCCGUUUUUUUAAAGGGGUUCACUUCACGUUCCGAUUUUCCAAUCCGAGCCUCAAAAAUGGUUUGAUUGUUUUCCUGAUACUGUAGUUUAAAGAAUCCUCAGUCUCACGCACACCUGAUUUGGUAAAUGCCAGCGUACUGUUAAAUUGAGCUGUGGCAUAUGCUGGUUUUAUUUGCAUACUCGUAAAUGAAUGAGUUUAUUACGCAGACUGAUCCACCUAUUGUUGUUUCAGGGGGAUAUUUUGUGCUGUUUCUCCUGUCAUGUAAUCCUCUUCUGCCGCUUUUUGUUUCAGACCAUUAAACAUGGCAAAUAAAAAUGGCUGGAAUGUGACUUUGAUUCCAUUUUGAUUUGCGGUGCUGGUGUGGAGUUUAAGGAAGAUUUAAAUAGUGCUAAUCGAACAGAGGCCAAUUUCCUGGAGAGCAGCAACAUCUGAAUUCUUAGUGAUGUUGGACAGAAUCUAAUGAAGGACACACUGGCUGUUUUGAAGGACUGUAGACAUUUCCCUCUUUGGCCACUUUGUCGUCUUUUCGCAAGUUAAUGUUAGUGUAUUUUGUUUUUAAUCCUUACUGUAAAGAUUACACCAAUUUAAUGCGCAUGUGGAAUUGAUCGAAAAUGAGUUAAGCAUCCCCCUGCUAGUAAUGGAGUUACACUUAUGAGACCCAAUGGGUCUCAGAAACAGUGAAAGAGAAACAGUGUUUGGCAUGCGUGCGUUUUGUUUACUGUUCGUAGGCUAGCCUCUCCCACUACUGCAUUGUGCCUUAAGCUAUUUUGGAGUUUUGUCUUCCAGUUUGUGAAUAUGGCAUAUCUCCCAGACGUCUUAAGUCCCAGUUUUGUCUUGUUCAAGCUAUAAAAGAUACCAUGACAUAGGCCUACGUACAAGUGUAGUUUUUGGCUGGACCGCAACAGCGGGGCCAGCCCUACAAACGCAAAUGUCUGUGACUGACUGACUGACUGAGUGAUGAAGUUACACCAUUGGUCGGCCGAGUUAUGAAGUCACACCAUUGGUCGGCCGGAUCAUGUGUGUCAGGUCCAGCCAUAUGCUAGGUUUUAACCUGAUCUUGUUGAUCGACAGAACUGACAGGACAUCUGUCCAGCGAUUUUGGAAUUAAAAUUUUUGUGUUCCCAGAGCGAUUAGAAGGGAGGACACGCUGAUGCAACUUCGGAGUGGUAUUCAUGCAUAUCAAUUUUGUUUUUGAAUCUUUCUGUAUGUCUUGCUAACCUGUGAAAUGCACUGACGUUUAAUUUAUCACAACACUCCUUGUAGACAUAGAUAAGUGUGUUACUGAAUGAAUAAAUUACAGAUAAUCCAUUGUG